AUGCCUCAGACCGACAAGCAAAUAUGCAUCCCCCCGGAGCUGCCCGAGUUGCUGAAGCAGUUCACCAAAGCCGCCAUCAGGUCCCAACCUCAAGAUCUCAUCCAAUGGGCUGCUGAUUACUUUGGGGCCAUGUCCCGUGGAGAGAUUCCCCCCAUGAGAGAGCGGUCGGAGCGAGUAACUCUGUCUAACUGGGCAGAGCUAACACCUGAACUGUUAAAGAUCCUGCAUUCUCGGGUUGCCGGCAGACUGAUCAUCCAUGCAGAUGAGCUGUCCCAGAUGUGGAAGGUGCUGAGUCUCCCGGCAGACCUGUUUAACAGUGUGAUGAAUGUGGGUCGCUUCACAGAGGAGAUCGAGUGGCUGAAGUUUUUAGCCCUGGCUUGCAGUUCUCUUGGAGUUACCAUUGCCAAGACUCUCAAGAUAGUGUGUGAAGUUCUAUCAUCUGACCAUGACGGUGGACCUCCCAGGAUCCCUUUUAGCACAUUCCAGUUUCUCUACACGUACAUCGCGGAAGUGGAUGGGGAGAUCUCGGCGUCGCAUGUCAGCCGGAUGCUCAACUACAUUGAACAGGAAGUAAUCGGUCCUGACGGUUUAAUCAAGGUGAACGACUUUACCCAAAACCCCAGGGUUCGGCUGGAGUAGAAGCACAGUCUGGCGAUUUUAAAGGGAGAUACAGAGAUGAUUGUGCUUCAGAAUGA